UGGAUAAUCGGUAGCUUUCUAGGGCAGAUGGAGGCAGGGUUGAAGGUGGCACUGAGGGGGUGUCAAUCUAGGGCCGACAAUGCUGGUGUGUGUACUCGAUCAUAGGGAGGAGAGAGGAAGAGGAGUUUUAGAGAGGGAUUCGGCUCUUCGAUUUUUCUUGAAUGAGAGAAGGGUCGGAGGUUGAGGAGUGUUGUGUUGUUGAGUGAAAUGAGAGAGGGUAGGAUUAGCUAUUUAGUAAAUUUAUUUUGUUUUUCUUUGUUUAAAUAAAUUAAAAUAAAAGAGUAUCUUUUCCAUUGCAACAAAGGACCCUUUUGUUGAGUGAAAUGAUGGAAGGUACCUUCUAUCGGAAGAUUCAAACUCCCAUUUUAUUUUCUAUAUUAUUAUUAUUAUUAUUAUUAUUAUUAUUAUAUUACUAAAAUAAUAAUUUUAAAUUAUAUUUUAAAUUUUAUUAAUGAAUAUAUAUAUUUAUUUUAAUUAAACAUUGAUUCACCAAAAUUUUGUCACUCAUGCACAUCGAAUUUUGUCCUUAUUUCACACAGGUGAGUGAAUAUUUUGUUGUUUCCUUCGUGUGGGAACCUUGGCAAUAUUUUUUUAAGUAGUUACGAUAUUCCAAACAUAGUGGUGCAGUCUGUUUUGUGAACAAGUGAUGUUCGAGUAAUACCAUGCAUCAUCGCUUCUGUAAUUUGUCCUACUGAUCAUUCACUUGAAUCAAACAUGUUGUGUCCUUUCUUUGUAAUUUUAAUGUUCAUUCGGGUGAUUUCGCGUAAUAUCAAGUCCGUAGUUCAUCUCUUUUGAUUGUGUUCGAUCGUGUUGAGCAUGAAGGGUGCUUUCUUUGAUAAUUUGACACUUUGAAUGUAUUGGUACUUUCAAUUUCACGAACAGAUGAGAUCAAGUGAUUUUGAUUGAUGUUUAGGAGUUUCUUUUUGUAAAUUUGAAUUUGUUUCUUUAUAAAAUGACGGCCUUGUUUGUGUCAACUAUUUCUAAGGGUUGAUGAUUAUCUUCAUGUUUGGUUCUUAAUGGUCCAAUUAUUUGGUUUUUAGAUUGUUAAAACUGCCUCAUAGGCUGAGCAAAUCUUUUGACCUCCUUUUUUUCAAAGAGAGAUCUAAGAUAGUAGUAGUAAGCUAAACUUAAGGGAACGUUGUAAUUUUUACCAGCCUUUCUUAAAAAACAUGUAUAAUAAUUUUAUUAUGUGUGCGGAUACUGUAUGUUUGCUUUAUGUAAAACUAAGCUAAAAUUUGCUUUCAAAAGCAGCUUUCCCACUAUGCUUUAUGUUGUCUGAUAGCAGCUUUUUACAACUUAAACGCGUCACAAACAAAUACGCAUCACAAACAAAUAGACCUUAUGUAGUUUCAUGUAAAAUAGGAUAGGUAUUAAGGUUGAAGAAAAUAAAUUAUAUAUAAUUGUUAUUUUUAGAGAAAUAAUAUCGAGAAACUUCUAUCAAAUUCGAUGCUUCAAGGCAAAAGAUGAUGGAAUCUUAGUUAAAGAUGAAAAUUCAAACUCGAGGAAUUUAUUUAAUAACAAUUUUAAGAAAGAAUUUGUUCAGAGAUGCAAUUUAUAGAAACGUAAAGUUUUCUAUCGCUGGAUCUAAAUAUUGAAGUUGAGAAAGAUUUAGGUGUGCAUGAUAUUCCCCUUAAAACUUAGAGCGUUAUGAGAGAGAUUGGAAUAGUUUAACAAUUCUUUUUUAAUGAAAUCUUAGAGAUUAGGAGGAUGCAAAAUAAUUAAAAUAAAACUUUUAAUAGUAGUUUUAAAUGUCAAAGUAGAUAUUUGAGAUUAUUAAUAGUGUGUGGAAAUCAAACUUCCAAUCCAUGCAGUGAUGUUUACGAGAAGAGAAUGAAACAUAGGCUUGGAGGAUCAUGAUGGAAUUAGAGUAUUAUUUUGAUUUAAUGUAAAAAACCUAUAGUUAAAGCGAUUUUGGUGCAGAGGAAAGAGAGACUUAAGGAUUAUCGCAUGAUUAUGUGUGACUAAGUUGUGACUAGCAUUCUAAGUUGUUACAAAGUGUCCAAAACCUUUUCAGUCAUGAUAAGCUUAGGUUUUUAUUCUGCAUAAUGAUUAUGGAAAUUUUCAUAAAUUAUAUUUUUUUGCUCUUAACUUGAUAUUCUAUUUGCUGAAGAUAUUGUAAUUGUUUCCAUACCUGUAAAACAAAUUGGGCAAAGAAAGAAGGGCUAGAAAAGGAAAAAACUCAGAGUAAGAGUAGUUUGGCUAGAAGUUUUGCAAAACAAAUAGUAAAAAUAGAGAUGACACCUCUGUAGCACUUUACAGUGAAGUGAAAGUAAGGAAAGAAAUCAAAUGACAACAGGAGGUUACAAAAGAUGUACUUAAUUUGAGUUCUUUUAUGGGGGUUUGGAACUUGGAAGUGUCACCAAUUAAGCGCAUCUUUUGACUCACUUAUUUUUUUGUUAUAGUUUAAUUCCAUCCGUUUUCAAAAUCCUAAGAGGUUCUUUUCUCUUCAAAUUUUUUUGUUUUGUUGUAUCCUUGGUUGCUUUUUACUUUCUAGAUCUUAUAGUUCAUGUUUUCUAAAUGUUCUUACUCGUGUGUUUCCAUCUUAGUUAUUGCCAUUGAUUGGUGCUUUCUUUAGUUGGCAACCUAAUGCAGUGAUCCAUUGCAGUCUUGUAAUCUAUUUAUCGCAUCUUUUAGAGGUGGGAGUAAAAAUAUGGAUGUAAGAGUUUAAACUUUUUUUGACUAGUUACCUUUAAUUUAGAUUGUUCUUUUGUUAUUUUUGUUACGGAAACUUAUAGCUGGUUGGUCAUUUUAUAUAGUUUAUGCGACGGUUUAAAAUAGUGCAAUAUAAGGCGCAUCUCAGUGCUCUUUCGGAUAUUUUGCCAUGAGGCACGAUCGUAUAUAUGAGGCGUACGUCACACAUAAUGUGAGAGGCACGCCUCACUUUGAUUUUGCUGAGGCGUGCACAAUUUAGAGCUAGUAUUUUUUUAACAAAUAUAAGUAAAUAUAAAUAAUAAAUUUCUUUUAUAAACUCAUUUUACCCCUCACAUCUCACGCCCGCACGGUUCUCUUAGUCGCACGAUAUACCCAAGUGCCUCUACUCUCUCAAGCACUCUCUUUACUGAUCCUUCUCACCCAUGUUGUCUCCUUCCUAGUCACUGCCUCCUCGUCCUCCUCUUUGCCAAGUUACCUUUCUCUACAAAGAGUGAAAGUGAGAUGUUUUAUGUUAAAUUUAUUUUUAAAUUAUUAUGUUAUUAACUUUUGCUUUGAUAUGUUAUCUUACUUUGAUUGUUGUUUAACACUUUUUACUUCAUGAUUUAAUAUUAGGAUGUUAAUAUGUUACUUGUUAUGUAGUUCAUUUGUUACUUUUUACUAUAUUAGAAUGUUAAUUUGUUAAUAUGCUACUUCUUACUUCAUACUUAAAGGUUGGUACAAUACUUUUUACUUUGCAAAAUUUGUUGAUUGAGGCUUACAUUUCAAAAUGUCUCAAGGCUUAGCUUCGAAUCAUGAAUAAAAAAAUGCCUCAAUAUCUAAUUGCCAAAUUUUAAGCCUUAUUUAUGCAUUGUGUUACCUUUUUUUUGGUAUAACAUUCUGCUGUGGUAUGUGAAUUUUAGGCAAUGCAUGAGGAACUGUAGUUGGGCUGCUAUCUAUAUGGAUUUUUUUAAGCUUGCAGAAGCAAAUGCAUCCCAUCAAAGGGAGUAAACUACACGGUUAUAUUCAUUCAUCCCCCUUGUUUAACGUUGCGCCACUGGGAAUCUUAUACAUAUCAUUAAUUGAAGAAUGACAAGAGAUCGGUCAUUUGGUGAAGUGCUCAAAGCAGUUUUUCCACUUCUGGAUGGUGAUGAUCUAACCUCCUGCAUGGUAGUAUCUCGUCAAUGGAGAGACAUAGCAAAAGAUGAAUAUUUCUGGAAAUGUAUCUGUGCCAAAAGAUGGCCUUCUAUCUGCAAAAGGCCUCCACCCACUCUAAGCUACCACAAGCUCUACCAAACCUUCUCCAAACCUGCACCUCCUCAACCCCUCCUCCCACCACAAAUAUCCUUUGAAGACUUAGAAUUCUACAUUGAUCUCUGGUCUGAGCAGCAACUCAUCUUCUCCGAAGCGAUCUCCGGUCAAAACCUUCGAAACGGAAUAAAGAACAGACCUCGAGACAUAUCGGAAAUCAUCACCGCUCAUCUCGACGACCCGGAUUACAAGAUGAUAAUGCAAGUUGAACCAAGCUUCACCAUUCCUUUAGGACAUCACAUCACUGUCUCCGUUCUAGCCGCUCGCCGAGAUACCAAUAAAAUGGCUUGUAUUCUUAACAGAGCUGUGUUUGAUUACAUUGACAGUAAUGCAUACAGGGCUCUAGCUUAUGACUACCUGAACUUUUCUCCUGCUCAUCCUUUUAUAUCUGGAAUAAGAGCGUGGGUUUCCUUGCUUUUCUUGGAUGUUAAUAAUGACAAUAUCAUGGAUGUGUUUGGAAUCGAGAUCGAUUUCUGCGAUGCCGCCAGCUCCGAGGAUGAGGUGCUGUGGCUUUUGGACAUGCUCGAUUGGAAAUGAAAGAGGUUCUUGUUUCUGUUCAUUUGUAUAUAGUUUCUAUUGUGUGAGUUCAUAUUAGAAUUUCUGUGUGACUUUGGGUUAAUAUUUCUGUAUUUUUAUGUGUUUCCAUGUGGAACUUUUUGAGCUUAAAGUGCUUAUGGAUGUUUUAAAUUCAUGGUGGUUGAGUCUCAACUUUGUCAAAAGUGAUUUUCUUUUGGUGGCA